AUGUCUCAAAAUGCAGUUAUAUAUCCAAGUGUUGACAAAAUUAAAGAAGAACCCAUUGAUUAUGUGGAAGAAAUGGAAGUUACUUUAGAAGAUUUUAAGGAAAUAAAAUCCGAACCAAAUUUAGAAGACGAUGAAAUUUGUUUGAAUAGAUUCUUAAAAUCCGAAGUGACUGUAGAAGAAGAAAUUAAACCACAAUUAGACAAUCAAGAAGAACAAAAGUCUAUCAACAAAAGUGCUCAACUAGAUACCAAAUACCACAGCUGUAAAAUUUGUUUCAAGGCCUUCAAAUUGAGAAGUAAUUUAGAUAAGCAUAUGUUUGAUGAUAUCGGUAAUGAAUCUUUCAAAUGCAACUACUGCGACAUGUUAUUCAUGUCUGCAAUUGAUUUAAUGACACAUCUCAAAGACCAUCCUGACGAUUCACCUUUAAAAUGUGAAGUAUGCUCUGUAGGAUUUUCAGACAUCGAUAUGUUAACCCAACACAUGCAGUCUCACACAAAAGAACCUCCUUAUAAGUGUGAGUUUUGUGAUAAAGGUUUUACUAAUUUAACAAAAUUCGAAGAUCACUUAAUCAUGCAUUCUGGAGAACGUCGUUACAAAUGUGAUUUAUGUAACAAACUUUUCAAGCAUGCAGGUAGUUUCCGAAGACACUGUCUUGCUCACACAGACCUUCCUCAUAAAUGUGAAAUUUGCAAACAAGCAUUCACUGAACGAUAUGAGUUAGUAAACCAUCUCAAACAACAACAUAACGAUGAUAUUUCUGUAAGAGCACAAAUCUCUUUUGACACCCCCAGCCAUCCUUAUAAAUGCGAAACGUGUGGCAAAUCAUUCAAGCAACCGGGUGGUUUAAAACACCACAAGUUCAUACACACGGGUGAAAAAUGUUUAAAUGCGGUAUAUGUCAUAAGGCUUUCAGACAAGUAG